GCAAGUGGGUCUGGUGAAGGAGGGCCCGCGCGUGACGCGGCCCCACGCAUGCUCGUGCCCCGGCCCCCCUCCGGCAGCCGGGAUCACUGUUGGGGGUACAAGUCCCACCCCACCCCUCCGGCCCCCGGCGCCGCGGGGUUCAGGGCCGGUGCACCAAGGGACGGCGGGUUAUGGGGCGAGGGGGCCGGGGGUCUCCGCCGGCGCCCCGCGGCCGCGUGGGGAGGUCGGGGGGAGCGGGCUGGGGCUGCCAGAGCAAAGGGCCCCCGCCCCCGGCUCCCCCCGCCCUGGCCUCCCGUCCCAUCGUAAGUGCUAAUUGCGGCUCUUUUCUGGCUCCUCUGUAUUUGGGUCCCUCGGAGGGCGCUGCGCGGGAGGACACGUCACGGAUACAUUAUCCCCUCCCCUCUUGAGGCUCUCCUGGCUUUCUGCAGCCUUUGCGAAAGAAUUAACCGAGGGGUCCACUUCAGAGCUCCUUCUGCCCCUGGAAAAAAAAAAAAAAAAAAGAAAAAAGAAAGAAAAAAAAAAGGAAAGAAAAAAAAAAGCGGAGAUAUCGGUGCUUUCAGGCGAGGAGCGUGGCGGCUAGGAUUUCCGAGAGGAGGGGAAUUUUACCUUCGAUCCUUGCUGUACGGUGAGGAUCGCUGCUCCUUGCGGGAGGUGAAUGUAGCAAACCCUCCCUUCGCCUUUGAAAGGCAUGUCUAUGCGAAAGAGCCACCGCCUUGCUCUUUAAAUACGUGACCAAUAAUACUACUACUACUAAUAAAAAAGAAACAAUUCCUGAUCUUGCAAAUUCUUUUUCUUUCAAAGGAGGAAAAAAAAAACCAACCAAUAAAUAAAUCCAACAAAAUCAGACCCGCGCCUUUGCCAGCGCUCGGACUUGUUUGGAAAGAGACAACGCUGAAGUGGCACUAGUCCCGAGGAAAACGGAUCCUUUAAUUUGACUCCGCAUGAGAACCACAUUUGGAGCUGGGCGCAGCGGCCGGAGCGGCGGGAGCAGCCCCGCGGCCAGCGGCCCCCCGCGCCCCCAGCCCCGCCGCCAGCCCGGCCCCGCCGCCGCCGCCUCCGCCGCCCCCCGGGGCCGGGCGCCCCCCGCGCCCCGGCGCUGAAGGAGCCCCUCGGCGAAGGGGGAAAGCGUCUUUCUGCAGCAAAGACCGGCCGCCGCCCGCCGAGAGCUGGCCGAGAGGGAAGCGUCGGAAGGAAAUGCCAGCUUGUGAUUUCGGAGCACUCCAGCCGUCGGCUCCCUCCGCACGGGCUCUGACUUUCGUUUAGCGGGGGCUGCCUCGCCGGCUCGUCCGCUCCUCGGCACCUCGGGCUCCGGGACCAGAUCGUGGUGCACUUCGUUAAACGAGCAGCGCGGUCUUUCCUUUCCUUUUUCUCUCUCUCUUUUUUUUUUUUUUCCUAAGAGACAAAGUGUCCAAAAAUGGUUCAGCCUGCUUAGCCCAAUGAUUUCUUGCGUGGACGCUCUGGUUUUAAUAUUCUUUUAUUAUCAUUUACGGACGGGGAAGGAUUGAGUAGAAGAAAACCUUCAGUGAAGGGAACCCAGUGCUUUGCUCCCCGUUGAGGAGAAGAUCCGACUCCAGCUGCAGGCAGAGGACCGCGCUUCGUGUAGGUCUUUCAGUCUCGGUUUCGAAGCCCUAGAUAUUGAAGGGUCAGAGCAGAACUGCCUUCUCCCGAGCGGCUUGCCUGCCGUGGCUGUGCUCAGAGAUCGCCUCCCCCCUCCUCGCACCGUUUCUGUUGGUGUUGUUUUUGUUUGGUUGGUUUGGCUUUUUUUUUUUUUUCCCCUCCCCUUCCCCGCUUUUUUUCCUACCCCUCGUGUUGGUUGUUGUUUUUUUUUUAUAUAUUACUAUUAUUAUUUGAUUUGAUUUGGGUGAAUUCCCUCCCUCCCUUCCUUAAACGAAAAUACUAACUCUGAAGCCGAAAUCCAUGCCCCCUGCCAUUCGGAAGGAUCGGGUCUAAUAUGCCAGUGUCAUCUUCGCCUUGCAGUAGUCGCGAUGAAGGAAAAAUCCAAGAACGCGGCAAAGACUAGACGGGAAAAAGAAAAUGGAGAAUUCUACGAACUGGCCAAACUCCUGCCCCUGCCCUCGGCCAUCACCUCCCAGCUGGACAAGGCGUCCAUCAUCCGCCUCACCACCAGCUACCUGAAAAUGCGAGCCGUCUUCCCCGAAGGUCUGGGCGACGCCUGGGGACAGCCAAGCAGGAUAGGGCCCUUGGAUAACGUGGCCAAGGAGCUCGGAUCCCAUUUGCUUCAGACUUUGGAUGGCUUUGUUUUUGUGGUAGCAUCAGAUGGCAAAAUAAUGUACAUCUCAGAAACAGCAUCUGUACAUCUUGGCUUAUCUCAGGUGGAGCUUACCGGUAAUAGCAUUUAUGAGUACAUACAUCCUUCCGAUCACGAUGAGAUGACAGCUGUUCUUACUGCUCACCAGCCUCUCCAUCCACACCUCUUGCAAGAAUAUGAAAUUGAGAGAUCAUUUUUCCUGAGAAUGAAGUGUGUCCUAGCCAAGAGGAAUGCAGGAUUGACAUGCAGUGGUUACAAGGUGAUCCAUUGCAGUGGCUAUUUGAAGAUACGGCAGUAUAUGCUAGAUAUGUCUUUGUAUGAUUCCUGUUACCAAAUCGUUGGACUGGUGGCUGUAGGUCAAUCUUUACCUCCCAGUGCAAUCACUGAGAUCAAACUUCACAGUAACAUGUUUAUGUUCAGAGCAAGUUUGGAGUUAAAAUUAAUAUUCCUAGAUUCCAGGGUGACUGAAUUAACUGGGUAUGAGCCCCAAGAUCUGAUAGAAAAAACCCUCUACCACCAUGUUCAUGGCUGUGAUGUGUUCCAUUUACGAUAUGCUCAUCAUCUGCUGUUGGUGAAAGGCCAAGUCACAACGAAGUACUAUCGACUACUGUCCAAGCAUGGAGGCUGGGUUUGGGUACAGAGCUACGCUACUAUAGUGCAUAACAGCCGUUCAUCACGGCCUCACUGCAUAGUGAGUGUCAAUUAUGUCCUUACAGAUAUUGAGUAUAAGGAACUUCAGUUGUCACUGGACCAGGUUACCAUUUCUAAGUCACAGUUUUCAUGCAGAAACUCAGUAUCUACCUCGCAGGAAACAAGGAAAAUAGUAAAACCCAAAAGUAAUAAAAUGAAGGCAAAACUCAGAACAACACCUUACCCCCAACAGCAAUACAGCUCAUUCCAAACAGACAAACUGGAAUGCAGCCAGGUGGGAAACUGGCGAUCCAGCCCUGCAGUGAACGCUGCCACCAUUCAAGAACAAAACUUCCAUUCAGAAAACAGUGAACUUUUAUAUGCCCCGUCAUAUAGCUUGCCUUUCUCUUACCAUUAUGGACACUUCCCUGUAGAUUCUCAUGUCUUCAGCAGCAAAAAGCAAAUGCUGCCUUCCAAGUUUGGGCAGUCUCAAGGAGCACCUUGUGAAGUGGCUCGAUUUUUCUUGAGUACGCUGCAGACAAAUGGAGAAUGCCAGUGGCAUUAUGCCAACUCUUUGGUACCCAACAGCCAGUCACCAUCUAAAAAUCUUCCUGAUCAGCCAGUGAACAUCAUCCGACAUAAUCUUGCACAGAGUUAUGAAGUGCCCGUAUCAAACAGAAGGUACAGCCAAGAUGCUCUAUCUGACAACUUUACAAGCUGCACAGCACCCAUGCCAGGCAGCAGAUACAAAGAAGAGAUUUAUGAUUCCGGCAUCAUGAAACCCAACAAAAUAGAAACCAGGAUUCAGCCACCUCACCACCUCAUUAAAGAAGAAAACAAGUUAGCUUUUAACAGAGACCUACAAGAAAAAAUGAGCAUUAAUGAAAGUUCUUUUUCAAACUCAAUAGCUAACUCCUUGCUGCCAAAGUCAGAAUGUUUCCAGACUAAAGCUAUAGGACAAUUAAGUCAUCUCCUGCCAAUGCCCACAGUAUAUGAGCAGACGAGAAGGAUUUGUAUGAAAGAACCCAAGUAUGGGCAUAUUAGUCACCACGCUACAAAUCUAGAUGAACUGGACAGCGAUGAGAGAAUGACUGUAAAGCUUGAUCACAACUCCGAAAGUGACCGUGUGAUGGAUGUGAGACCCUCCGGACAGGUUCCGUUCGUGCUUCUAAAUUAUCACCAUGUUUUAGCCAAACACGGUACGUUUCAAACCUCAUCGUGUACAGCGACAGGACACGUAGGAGAAAACUAUGGAUACAAUUCCGAGGAAGUAAAUACAUUUAUUUACAAAAACCAAAGCCCCUCAUCAGCUUCUUCUCCAGAAACCCACAAGGAAUCUGCACUACCCCAUUAUAUCGGAACUUCUGUAAUCAUAGCCAACGGGAGGUGACGGUAACGGAGGAGGAGUAUUUACAUUUAAUUAAGAAGCCAAACUGUAAUGAUCUGCAAAAAGCAUGAGAAAACAUGGUUACAUUUACUGAGCAUAGCUGAAGGUCAAUGCGGGACAGACUCGUGUGUUCCUGGCAAGCCACAUGUAACAGUACCUUCAAGGUCAGCAAAACACCCUACGUCUAGCUUCAGUGCUUCGUUGUCACAGAUUAAGCUCUGGUGCCAGUGAGAAGACAUGUUACAGAUCCUAUUUUUGUUAUUUUAUAGUGUGCAACAGAAUUAAGUGAUAGGUGUUAUAUGCAGAGAUUUAUAUGAAAGAACAUUUUUUUCCUUAACCCCUCCUUCUCAAAAACAUUCAAGAUUUUUUUAUCAUUAUCGUAAACUAUACACUCUAGUUUAGGUAUUUUUGACAAACUGAGUGGAACCUUGCAUCGACUCUCCACCCAUGUGUUAAACGUCCUGACAAACGAACUUUGUUUAAGGAGUGGUGAUUUUUAGUAUCUGUAAUAGAGCUCUACUAACUAAACAGAACCCAGUUUGGAAAAAGCUUAUUUAUAAAUUAACGAAAAGUUUUAAACUACAUAAAUCAAAGCUAAAUUUGAUUUACUUAACAUAGAUUUCAGUGUUCUGAGAUUGUUACCACCACCAUUUAUCUUGACAAGGAACGAUACGACAAAUUAAUACGUACAAAGAUACGUAUUAAAGGGUUACAGGUCUUGUCAUGGCAAAUUGGGACAAAUCGCGUAGCAGGAACUAGAGGCUAUUCCCUGUAAAAUGUUGUAAUAAGAAAAAGAAACUUCCAAAAGGUGUGUUUCACUGAGUAUUCUGGGAGAAGGCUGUGCAGAUUUUCGAACCAGCUAGUCAAAAAUACAUCUUAAUAACAGCACCAGAAACAUUUCUUUAUAGUCAAGGGAAUAAUGAACAUUUAUGCUUUAUUUUAAACUUACCAGUAGCCUUCUGAAGUUUGAAAGGUUCAGCUUUUAACACACUAAACUUCCAUAAGCAUAAAUCUCAUUGUCAACACAAAGGUAAGAUUAAUAUUUGACUAAUUCGUGCACUUCACAAAUAACGUCAGUGGACAAUCCGAACACAGAAAGUCGAAAGUCGUAGCACAACCACAAAACCCAAAGUUGCACUUGAAGUAAAGCAAAGAGAGGACAUCGGGGUUUGGAACUGACCGCUUUGCACACAUCGCAGUUUGCGCUCAUAAAGUGAAAAGCGAACGAAAAGCAAACAGCACACAUUUGCAUUUUGUCCAGCCUGUUAGGAAGAGAUUUCCCCCCUUUUUUUUUUACUUCUUUGUAAAGUUUAGAAAUGAGGAGGCGUACGGAUUGGUGUGCGUUUAACCGACGGCCAUCGGACCACUUUGGUUUUUGACCACCUCCCCAAGCAUUUGCGUGCUCUCGGUAAAACAACGAAUGACUCCCUAAAUAAGAGCUGUAAAUACCAACAAUACAGGGUCUUGUAGAUCUGAGUCAGCUAUUCUCAGCUCUGUUCCUUUGUCCAGUUCAAGGCUAAUUGUAGAAAUAAAUACUCCUAAAACAUCCUCUCUCUUAUAAGACUCUUUAGAGAGAGACCUUCACUGAAGAAAAUGCUUACCUGGCUUGUGCAAUGUGGAAAAACACUUGCUCACAGGUUGCACCUUGUCAGAUAAAAAUGUGAUGAAAUACACACUUUUAAAAAUUACAUGUUCUCCAUAUUUUAUAUGCAGCAAUAAUAUUCAGUCACCUCCCUGUAUGUAUGAAUAUUUAUUGCUAUGGGCACACAAAAAUUCUUUUAAAACAUACGUUUGAACACAACUUUCAGUAUUUUUAUUGCUUCCCAUUAAAACUUCCCAUAAUAAGGGAAAGCCUUAUUAUGAAGUUAAAUUGAUGUUCGCUUGGAAGCUCACAGUUGUCUGAAAGAAAAUAUCUUUCAUGUUAAGUCUAACAAAAAAUACCUAACGAGCCACUACCAGAAUACUGACUUAAAAAAAGAAGCAGAACCAAACCAGUGUAUUCACUCACUCUGUGUAAUUGCGCUCCUCGUGUAACGCUGGGGAAGUCAGCGAGCCUACAGACAUGUUACGAGUGAAUACUAUCGUCGUUCUGACUUUCUAAAUGGAAGUGAUGAGACGCAAGCUGGUUUUGCAGCAGCUUCGGUUAAGAGCCUUCCCAGCCAGCGGUACUAAUGCAUGGCCCCAACUCCUUAAAGAUACAAUUAUGCUAAGAUUUGUAUGUUAAUUUUCUUAAAUUAAAACCAUGCCCUAUAAAGGACUAACUGAUAUUGUUUGCAUCAUUAAAAAGAAACCUGACGCAUGGCUCUCGUACUAUGCUUUUCUCUACACCUCAUUAGUGGCACUGCUGCACGCAAAGCCGAUCUGGUGUGUUUUUCUGUUCUUGUAAGUACUUCCCACUAUAAAAACAUGUUUUCAGUAACGCACAAAUUAGGGUUCAGUUAAAAAAAAUGCCAUUGAUAUUUUUCAGUGAAAUACCACAACAUAUUUUUCCAGCGUCUACCUUGCUAUUCACACUUCCAGGCUUUAUUCCAUGAGCCUGAGCAGAGGAGGUGUUCCAUCACUCUCCCACAGAUGUUUUACUGUACGUGAUAUUCAGGUCCAUGAACUUUCCCUGCUGGGCAAUAAUGAAUCAAUUAUGCAUUCACGUAUGAUAAUACAGGGUAGGUUUUAGAAAAGACCUGUGACUAAAAAAGCAAACGUGUGAAACAUUUUUCCUGCCGUUCCAAAAUAGAAAGAGCAAUUGCACGUUCACAUCUGGAAUGUGAGUGAACUACACCGAGAGGAAAAUACCGCUUUUAGUCAGUCAAACUACAGAUGUUCCUCACACCCUCGUACGCUGCAGAAUGCGGCGCAGCCACUGACAGUGGCAGUGUUUUUAAUAACUGGAAAAAAUCAUGUCAGAGAAGUGGAGUGAGAAUUGAAAUAUAUUAUGAAAACUAACCUCCUUUCUCCCUACCGUCCUUGCUUGAGCCGCUAUAGACACCUUUGUCAUGCGACUUGGUAGGAUUUUAGCCCUUAGGGGAGCUCAGAUCUAGCAAGUGACUAAUGUGAAGAAUGAGAGAGAGUGAAAGAGAGUGAGAGGGGGAAUAUUUUACCAAAAAGUUGGAAACAUUAGUCCCAUACUGAGGCCUCACAGUUUUUAUCCUAUUAACAGAAACACCGCAAUGUAAAUAAAGGCGUACGGGAAGAGGCUUCUCUCCAGGUUGCAGCAGCCCUGUAGCUUGAGAAAGGGUAUUCAAGUAAUUCAGUGAAGUUAAGCGCAGUGGGCAAUAGAUAUAAGAUUGGAGAAAACAUCGCUGAGAGAGAGCGCAAAGGAAUGGGAAACAUGCCAGAAUACCAGUAUUUCUCUAAAAACCACAAAACAGGACACCAAGUAUUUUUUCAACAUUUCAAAAACAACACAGGGAAAAUUUUAUUAUUCCUUUUUUUUCCUGAACAGUAGAUUUUGCUUUUUUUAUAUGAUGCAGAUAAAGGCUAUUUGGCAAAAGUAGGUGAAAAAGCACGCAAAACAAACAACCUAUUAAUGCUCAGAAUUAUAUAUCUAUUCCCAAAAAAUGUAAAGCAUUUUUGCUUAUUUAUUAUGUAAAACAAAAAUCUUAAAAUGUUAAUAAAAUCCUGUAGCCAAAGGAAAA